AUGGAGAGAUGCAGAUCUGGCUUGACAACACCAGUUCCAGCUGGGUUCUAUUUAAAAGAUGUUUGGAAGUCUUUUAUAUGCAACACUCAACAGUUCAAUUCCACCCAAAUGGGAAAUUGUCUUAAAAACAAAAUGAUCUACUUGUUGGGAGACUCCACCACAAGGCAGUGGUUUGAGUAUUUAGAAAGAAAUGUGCCAGGCUUAACAAGAAUGGAUCUCCACACUCCUCGUACAGGUGGACCCCUGAUGGCUGUGGAGUUAAAAAAUAAUCACUGGAAGCCACGCGGUGUUCCUUUGCGAUUUUAUAAAAUGCUCAUUAACGACCUGCAUCAUAUUGCCAAUGACAUUGAUGAAAUAGCUGGUGAUCCUCAUGCAGUUGUUGUCUUCACUAUCUUUGCCCAUCGGGUUUUCCACCCAAUAACAUUUUACAUCCAUGAAGUGGCCAAAAUCCGUCAGUCUGUUGUUGCGUUGCUGAGCCGUGCACCACAGACUACUGUCAUCAUCAAGUCUGGAAACACUGCAGGACGAAAGCGGGGACCCGACACAUACUGUAUCACUGAGAGCAGCUAUAAGUUGUUUUUGGUUCACCUUCAGCAGAUAGAGGCUGAAGGUGAAAUGGGCCUUGGGUACCCAUGA